AUGCCAAAACCGGUGAGACAAGAAGAUAUAGAUUUUGUCUCCUGCGAGAAUGAUCGGUAUGAAAGUGAAAUUGUUAAGCGGAAAAACCACCAAAUGCUGGAAGCUUUAGAGCAAGAUGCCGUCGAGGUUCAAAGAAUCAUUUACGCAGCUAAGUUUUCUGCUCUUAAGAAAUUUGAGGAAGCCGAACAAAGGCUUACCAAAGAACUCCAAAAAUGGGAACAGUUAUACGAAAAAAUUAUGGCAGACUAUGAAAAGGAAAAACUUGAGAGGAAACUUGAGUUCGAGGCGCAACAGGCACAAUGGAAAAAAGAGAUGCAGCAAAUGAUCAAGACGCAAAUUGAAGCAGAACAGGAGCGCAUCAGGAAAGUCGAAGAAGCAAAAAAGCAAGAACAGAUUGAUGCUAUGAAUAAAAAAAAGGCUCUGGAAAUAGAAAAACAGGCAAAAGAAAAGGAGGCAAAGGAAAAGGAGGCAAGAAUGCUGGCCGAAGCUAAGAAAGUACUAGAGGCUGCCCAAGCUGCCGCCGAAGCUAAGAAAAAAACACAAGAGGCAACUCAGCCGGCUACCGGAACGAAAGGUUCAAAAUCUCUUGGAUCCGAGGAAGCGUUGAAAGAGGAGGAACGCCACCGAAAUAUGCUUAAAAAUAUCCAUGAAAAAUUGUCAAAAGUUCCUCAGCUGAAAACUGCAACAGUUGAGUCGAGGAAAAAGAUUAAAUUAAAAUUGAAUAUUUUGACAAACAGUCGAGCUGAAAUACUUAAAAUAGCCGACGAAAUCAGCAAUGUGUUAAAUUUAUCGAAAUCGAGUAAUAUAAAUAUUUAUUAUUUUCUUUUGAAUUUCUUGGCCAAAGAACUUAUUGAUCAUGCAGAAGUUGAUAUAUUAUCAAACGAAUCAUCGGCAUUUUCCUUCGCUCAUGUGAGUGUUUUGAUUGCAGCAUGGCACACAGAAUUCUGGAACUUUUUGAUGGCUCGUUUCGUGAAAAAAUGCCCAUAUGUACUACCACGCUAUUUCGAUAUACGGGAAAUGGGUAAAAUGUCUGUUGCUGACUUUAAGAAGCAUAUCGGUUAUAAAGACGGAGAAAAAGAAGAUAUAUACAUUAAACGAAUGUGUUCGAUUUUAGCACUAUAUUGUGCUAUCAUGCAGACCCAAUCCAUACAUCCUAACUUCAAAAAUCCAUACUCAAUCGACCAUGCGUGGACCUACUUGGCUCGGCUAAUGAACCUGAGACCUCAAAAAAUCACACCAUUUCUUCUAUGCACAUGCAUCCAGAUCACUGGAGCUGAAUUAAUACGUGUUUAUCGGGAAGAUGCUUUAAAACUGUUCUCAGUUGUUUGUAAAGCUUAUGUUCUGCAGCCGCCUCCAGAAGUUCGGACAUUGCUGACUACUUCACCAUCAGCAAUGUCUCGACUCAAAACCAUGUUGGAAAAUGCAUCACAAAAAGGCGGCAGAUUUCCAUAUCCUGAUGGAAGAGAUCCACUUUAG